AUGUCUCUUCAAAAGGCGAUUCCUUUGUACCCUAAGGCGGCGCCAACGCCCGGCACACCGCUCAUAGAAAACGAAGUCAGCUCGACCCUCUUCUCCCCUCUUCGAGUCCGAGGUCUUACCCUCCAAAACCGCAUCGCUGUCUCGCCCAUGGGAAUGUUCAGUGCCAACGAUGGCCAUCUGACUGACUUUCAUCUUGUACAUUACGGGUCCUUCGCUACAAAAGGUGCCGCGCUCGUCAUCGUUGAGGCUACAGCUGUAGCCCCCAAUGGUCGCGUUUCAACUGGAGACGCAGGCCUUUGGAACGAUAGCCAGACUGCACCUUUAAAGCGAGUAGUUGACUACAUUCAAUUACAAGGGCAGAAGGCGGGAGUCCAACUCUACCAUUCUGGUCCCAAGGGUUCCAUGGCCACACCGUGGCUUGCCCAAGGCGAGCUGAUGGUGCACUCCCCACCAGCAAAUGAGGAAUCUGGCGAAUGGCAAGAUGACUUCUGGGCGCCGAGUGAGAUUUGCCAUGGCCCUGGGUAUUCUAUACCGAAAGAAAUGAGACUGAAAGAAAUUGAUUUUAUGGUUGAUCAGUUUCGCAGUGCCGCUAGAAGGGCUGCUGAAGCCGGCGUGGACUUUAUCGAAAUCCAUGGUGCUCACGGAUAUUUGAUCAGCUCCUUCCUAUCCCCUCUCACGAAUCAUAGAACCGACGAAUAUGGCGGCUCUUUUGAAAACAGAACGCGCUUCUUGUUUCGUGUCAUCAAAGCCGUCCGGGAUGUCAUACCAGACACUGUUGUUCUCUCACUACGCAUCUCAGCAGUUGAGUGGAUGGAGUGGAGUGGUCACGACUGUUGGACACUUGAGGAGUCCAUCAAACUUGCCAAGCUUCUUCCCCAGGCGGGAGUUGACAUUCUUGAUGUCUCAUCUGGUGGUAACCAUAUCGACCAGAAGAUCAAUAUUCAUCCAUACUAUCAGGUCGACCUUGCAUACCAGAUACGACAAGCCCUCAAAGCUGAUGGUAUCGAACUGCUGAUUGCGGCUGUGGGGUUGAUCGAUAACCCUGACAUGGCUGAGGGUAUAGUUCGUGGUAAUGACAGCUUUAGGUCAGCACAGAAGACGAGUGGGGAAAACGGAGGCCUGGAGAUAGGGAAGUAUGAGGAGCCUCAGGCGGACUUAGUAAUGGUUGGGAGACAGUUCCUACGGGAUACAGAGUUUGUACUUACAGCUGCCAAGAGUUUGGGCGUUAAAGUCCAGUGGCCCCUCCAGUAUUCUAAGGGGAAGUGA